UGUUUAUAAAUUUUUAAGAAAUCUUUUUAAGAGCACGUUUAUUAUAUUUUACCGACAAUGAAUUUCCGGCCGAACAUGUGUGAAUUGUAUCCGCGACGGCGGGCAACGGAUUAUUUUCGGACACCGGAGCCGAGGGAAUCGAUUCAGAGCCGCCAAGCCGAGCACGCAACUCAACCGGAAAUCGCGUCGAGGAAUUCGAUUAAUACGAUACCACCUAGAGUCCAGACGACGCAGACAUCGGAAAUACGUUUUCUACGCAACAUUCUCUACUCCUAAAGGAUAUCAUGAUUUGCAAGAAGCCAUUGGAUUGUGAGAAGAAAUUUUUAAAUUUACU